UUGUAGGGUGAGUGGUCUUAUUGUAUGGUAGCUUAUUGUAUGCCAGCUUGAUCUCGGCUCAUUUACCGGUACCUGCAUUUUGUCAACAUUAAAAAAGAAUGGAAACUAAGAACGAACACAUUACAGAAGAUGAAGAAGAAAAGCGACAUUUUAUUCGGGUUCUUAAUAGUUUUAGAGGUUAUAGAAACAACUCAUAUAAAAGAGUAAAACAGGCAGAGAAAUAUUACGAAGCUUUACCAGAGCGUCACAAGGCAAUGAUACCAUAUUUUAAAGAUCAUUUAGAAACAGUUAAAACAUGUGUUGAUCAUAAUGCUGAAGUUGUGAACAUGCUGAUUAAAGAUGCUGAUGUCAUGUUUGAAAAUCAAAGUAAACUCAUAGAAAAUGAUACUUUGAAAAACACAAUACCAAGUUUACAAGAUAUGUCUAAAGUCAAGACAACUUUACGACAGUUUGUAAGAGACUGGAGUGUUGAAGGACAAGAAGAAAGAAAUGCCUGUUAUAAUCCUGUUAUACAAGCUAUUGAAAAAUAUUUCCCUGCAAGUGAAUGUGAUCCAUCAAAGAUUAAUAUCUUAGUGCCUGGUUCUGGAUUGGGCCGUCUGGCAUACGAUAUUGCACAGAGAGGAUAUACCUGCCAAGGAAAUGAAUGGAGUCUUUUUAUGUUAAUUGCCUCAAAUUUUAUAUUAAAUAAAUGUUGUGAUAAAAAUAGUUUCAUUAUAUAUCCAUGGAUACAUGAAUGGACAAAUAAUAAAAGCCAUGAUCAUCAGACAUCAGCUGUUAAAUUCCCUGAUGUAUGUCCAUCAGAAGGACCAUCUCUUACCAACUUUUCCAUGGCUGCUGGAGACUUUCUAGAAGUUUAUGCAACAAAAGAUGUGUUUGAUUGUGUGGCUUCUGUAUUCUUUAUAGAUACAGCUCAUAACAUUAUAGCAUACAUAGAAAAAAUAUACAAUAUCAUAAAACCGGGUGGAUAUUGGAUAAAUCUAGGUCCUUUACUAUACCAUUUCGCUGACAGUGCUGUAGAAAGUUCAGUAGAGUUAAGUUAUGAAGAAGUCAGACAAGUUAUAUUGGACUUUGGCUUUGUUUUUGAGAAAGAAGAAACUGAUGUACGAACCACUUAUAUACAAAAUCCCCAAUCUAUGAUACGUUAUGAGUAUGAUAGUGUGUUUUUUGUUGUACACAAGCCUUCAUUACCUUGACACUUUAUGGUAUUCUCAUAUAGUAAAUGGAGUUAAAAACUUAGAAUUUGGGCUUAAUGAACCUUACUAUCCCGUUAACUAAAGUUCUAUAUUUACGCAAGGACAGGGUAAUUUGACCCCAAAGGGACAAAGAUUACAGAAAUAUAUUGCUAAUUUAAAGGUAGUUUUAUGUUUUUAGAAAUCAGUAUGUGGGCCAGAGAGCCAGUUGUUCAUAGAUGGUGAUAUGGUUAAACUAAACGAUAAAUGAAAUGAAGUAAAGAAUACCAUAAUAUU